AUGGUUGCACCAUGUCCUGAAAUUAUACCAUUUUACUAUACAACUACGCUACACGUGAUAGCCACAAUUUCGGUGCCAAUAAAUUUAAUCGGGCUUUAUAUGGUUUGGUUUCAGUCUCCUGGCAUGCAAGGCUAUAAGUAUUGUCUUUGCUAUAUGCAGACCGUAUCCUUCCUGACAGAAAUCCACAUGUCCUGGAUAUGUCCCGGCUAUUAUUUCUUCCCAAUGGUCGGCGGAUACAAUACCGGAGAGUUUUUCGGUCAAUUUAUCAGCUCCCACCUGAGCAUGUCACUUUGGGUUGGCGUUUUUUGUUUUGAGUUGGCGGCUGGUCUGACAUGCUUUGUUUAUCGACAUAAUGCAGCUGCACAGAUUAAUCAGACCUACUCCAGCAAGCUCUACCUCGACAAAUUCCUGCUAUUCUUAACCCAUCUGUUUCCAUUUUUCACGGGAAUUUCUAUGUGGUACUCGAAAUUGACGUACCAGCAAAAAUUCGAAUAUGUGAGACAGAACUUUCCGCAGUGUUUAAGCUGGCUGGCUUUUGAUGGAUUCGAGGUUUAUGAUUAUCAUUUGAACAAGAUGAUGGCUGUAACUGGAGUUGGAGCAUUCGCAUACGUUUUUAUAAUUGCAUGGUACUGUUUCUACCUUGGUGUCCACACAAUGAUUAUUCUUCAACGACUCCGUCAACACAUGUCAUCUCAAACCUUCCAAAUGCACCGGGCGGCUCUUAUCAGUUUAGCCAUGCAAAUGGUCAUCCCCGGCGUAUUCAUCAUAGUCCCAUUGGACAUUUGUAUGACUGUAGUGAUCACCGAGACCGUCGCCUUGCAAGAAUUCGCUACGGAUACCAUGUUCAUGGUGGGAUCCCAUUCCAUGUGUCAGUGCAGUGUUAUGCUGUUGAGCAAUUCCACGUAUCGGCGGGUGUUAAAGGAGAAGAUUUUUCGAGUAUUGAGACUUGAAAUAAUUGCAAGUAGUCAAUUGGUCAGUUCAGUGGACCCAAGCAUGCGAACAAAUAGCUUUGUCAGAGCACAAGCGGCUACUCCGGUCGCCUAG